AUGAAAACCAGGACUCCGGAGAGAAUCCAAACCAGGUAAGAAUGCAUUUUAAUUAAAUAAAAUGUAGUAGAUUAAGCCUAAAUAGCGCAACAGAAAAAACAUUUUUUGCUGAAAAAAAUAAAAUAACAAAAAAAAGUAAUAAAAACAUAAAAGUAGUAAUAAAAUACAAACAAUGCCUCCCAAUGUUGGGAGAUAAGACACAAACCAGUGCAGACAAAACAAAAUAUAUUUAUUAUAGAUCUUUUAUUUGUUUUUCCUUGCUGCAUGAUACACUGUUUAGUAAAUAAGCCCCUGUUGGCCUUUUUCUGUGGCCUAAAGAUCUAAACACCAGAACACCAGCAUUAGUACAAUGAAGCGAUGUUACAUAUUUCGCAUGUUUUCACUGACUGCCCUCUUACAGGCGGUCACCGUCACUGAGCUGCACAGAACCAGCGACACGUGCUUCCAACAAAUCCGAUCUCUAGCGUUUAGAGCUCACAGUCAGUCGGCGUGCGACGUCACGGCGCUGUCUUGGACCGCAAACAACUUUCGCAUGCGCGUUCCAAGCCUCGUUCUGGACUGGGAAAUGGUUACUGGUUCUGAAAGCUGUGUCGUGUUUCCAGCCCACGUGUUUGCUGGAUGUGAUAGGACGCGGUGA